UAUUGUGUAUAUGUGUACUGCGUACUUACUAACAUUCGUAUAUGUAUAUCAUUUGAGUACUGGAUCAAGUCUUUUGUUUACCAAUUACUCGGGCAACUAAGAAAAUUAUAAUGAGUGACGAUGAUCGAGACAUCGACAUUGAGAGUGAUGAAGGCGAUGAUUCUGACUCCAGGCAAAGGCAUUCAAAUAAUACUCAAUAUUAUUCCCAAGCAGAGAAACGUGCCCAUCAUAAUGCCUUGGAACGUAAACGCAGAGACCACAUUAAAGAUAGUUUCUCGAGUCUUAGAGAUUCUGUACCUGCAUUGCAAGGGGAGAAGGUUGCGAGUAGAGCACAAAUACUCAAAAAGGCUGCUGAAUAUAUACAAUUCAUGCGCCGUAAAAAUUCUUCCCACCAACAGGAUAUCGAUGACUUGAAACGGCAAAAUAAUCUCUUGGAGUCUCAAAUUCGGGCGCUUGAAAAAGCAAAGAUGACAGGCAAUUUUGCAGCAGAAACUUGCGAAGUCACAAAGUCAGAAGGUGUACCUAUGUCGGGAUACAAUGAUACAGAAUCUGAAUCAUCAGAUAGCGAAGCAAGCAGGACUGUGCGUCAAACGAAAAAGCUAAAAGUCGGAGGUCUUCAUCAUUGACCAAUACUUUGAUUCGGUUUUUGUUUUUAUAAAAACUAUUUUGGUUCACAGUUCAACUCCAUAUAAAUAUUUAUUUAAAAAAAGAAAAACGGAGGAGAGCAAUUGCUCACUGAAGUACAAAGAAAUCUUUCAGUGAAGUUUUGAAUGUCUUAGAGCCAGUGUACAAAAAUAUACAAAGUAUAGGUAAUAUUAUUGUUUAACUAAAAAAUCGAUAAAAUAGUGCAUUGUGAAUACUUUGGUAUAAUCUUGUGAAAUAUUCAAUUUAUAAAUUUAUAGAAGAUUCGAAACCAUUUUGUUGAUCGAAUAAUCGUUUGAUGCAAGUUUAUAUUGUAUAAUAAUAUUGUCAAAUACUUUUACUUAUCUUUGAAAUCGAUUGUACUGGUAGAAAAAUCUCUUAUUCGAGUUAAUGGAAAUAAGAUUCUUUUCACUUACUUUAUUCGUACAUUUUUAAGGAAUGCAAUAUAAUUUUUUAUCAGUUACAAUUUCUGAUUUAAUUCCAUUUUCUUAUAAGUAUUUGUUUUUAAUUAUUUAUAUGAAUCAUUAUUUAGUCAGUUCAUCGACUAAAUACAUGCUCAAUUGUAAUAUUUACAAUACAUUUAAAAUUAUGUUGUCGUUUAAAUAAAAGUUUAAUUAUAUUAAUGAAAAUUUUAUUAUUAGAAGUAUAAUAAAAAUCGUAAAAUUCACUGUAACGAUUUCAUUGUUUUUUAACCUUGACAUUUUGUUUCAUAAGCAACACAGAACCAAUACAAUUUUAUAUUUCAUUAAUUUUAAUUUCCCAUAAUUCACGAUUAUCAUUUAAAAAUAGUACGCGGAUAAUGACGUAAUGAAACGCAAUAAUAAUAAACUUAAAAUCCCUAGUUGUACCACAUCAUAAUUCUAUGAAUUCAAAGAUCAAGAAUUGUCAAACUACAUUAAUUAAUUAGAAUAUUAGUUUAGAUAUUAGUGUACGAGUUGUAACUUAAAAUUAAUUAGUCGAUAAUCAAUUUCCACAGCUGGAAACGUAUAGUUACAUAAAAUACUAGAUAUAAGCGCUUAAAUAUACGAUAAUAAAGGUAAUGUAAUAUAGUAUGGUAUACUUAUAUUUAUUAACAAAUAUAUAUAUAAAGUAUAAAUUUAAGGGAUACAUAUUAUUAAACAAAUGCACAUAUCCAGUACCCAUGUAUACAUACAUACAUGCAUGCAUAAUGUACCUAACGUGACAAAUUUGAUUGAAAACACUUAAAAUUUAACGACUUUUUUAAGUGCUAUGAUAUUUUGAUAUGGAAUUCAUGUGUAGAUUUAUAUUCUAUUUCAAAUACAAAUACUGUUAUGUAACAAUUAUUUUUCGUUUUUUAUACUUUAUUCUUUUCACAGAUUUCAUAAACAGUUGAAUGAUUGACCUUGACAGUAGAAGUGCCUUUUAUUGUAUUGUUAUUUUACAUUAUAUAUUAAACAACACCAAAUAUUUUAACAAUAAUAGUACAGCAACAGAAGAAAGCAUGAUUAGAAAGCAUUGCCUUCUAAACAUUCACAAUGUAUUGAAAAAAAAUUUCUGAUGAUUCAUUAUUAAAAUGAAAAUAUCUUUUUU